CCUCUAAGCUUGAAAGACGGUUUUGCCAAACACCAAAACUAUAUUGUAUUAUUGGAUAACGACUUAAUUGAUGUUCCAUACAUUUGACCUGAAUCCUGAUAAUGGGACUGAGGGGGAAGGCGAAUCAUCAUCACUGAGCCGCCAUGAUCGCGUCCGCAGAGCAUGUGAGUUGUGCCGACAGAUGAAGAUCAAAUGCGACGGGGCGUAUCCCUGCAAACAUUGCUCCCAUUCCUUUCAUGAGUGCAACUAUCGAGAUUCGCUGCGUAAAAGACAGGUCAACAUGGGCUACAAGAGCUUUGCUGGACAAGGCAAAAAGCCCAGGUUGAAAGAAACCCUCGAUACGACUAUUGGCUCCACUAUAGACACUUCGUCUAUCGCGGCCGAUGUUCCGGACACACCGGUCGCCAGAUCUGAUGUCGAUGCACAAGAAAGCCAACUGGAAGCAAGACACCAUGGAUCUUCUGGAGAGAGGGCUUUCAUAGAACGACUGAAGCUAGAACUAGGAACUUGGCCCGACAUCGAAUUCGAAAGCAGGCUACGCGUAAAAGAGCGACUGGCCCCCAGAUUGUUCCUUCUGGGAGCUCCAAGGACUUCGUGCAUGACUUCUGCGGCACUUCCCCCACGCGAAAGAGCAGAAGUAUUAGUCGACCUUGCGUUAAAUGCAAACCUGCUCUAUGAUGCUCUGCAUAGACCCACAUUCACUUCUGUCUUUCAGUUGCUGUACUCCCUCGACAAGGAGGAUUACGGAGAGACAGAAAUUAGCCACAUUCCUCUCAUCUACUCUCUGAUGGCCGUGGGCUGCCUCUUCAGGAAACCAAGCGAGCACGAAACCGAAGAAUUCUUUGAAAACUCGCUUGCAGAAGGAUUGGAGUACUUUGAAAUUUGCCGAAAUAUGGUAGAUCUAGAAGCUUGUGAAAAUCUUUUCGUCAUGCAAGCCAUUUUCUUUAUGAAUCUAUUUCUCAUAAGCACGUGCAGGUUGUCUCGGUGCUAUACCUACGUCUCCCAUAUGCUGUCGUUGGCUUUUCGCAUGGGCCUCCACCAGCCCGGCAAGACGGAGAACCCGAUCGUUACGGCGACGAAGAAGUCUCUUUUCUGGGCCAUAUGGCAACUCCUUGUCACCUUGGCUUCCAUGUGUGGCCUUCCGAAACCGAUCGCUGCUGAUGAGAUAGGAAUUGGCUUUCCUGAGGCUGGAGCCAACGGUGCUAAGUCCUACUCAGGAGGAUCCGGGCCAGAGGAAGGCAUAUCAUCAACAGAAACAAUUUCUAUCCAGCUGGGGUUUUUAAGGCUUCAUGAAAUCCUUUACAGGGUCGUGAAAUGUCUCUAUCCUCCAAGCACCAUGAAGCAUAAAGAUGCGAGCGGGUUAUUGAAACACUCUGUUACCAUGGAUAUUGUCGUGAAGCUCGAGAACGACCUACAGAAUUGGGUCAAGUGUCUAGCCAGUCGUGAUAUACUAGGAAAACAUGUAGAGGAGCCCUGGUCCCAAAGGGCGCAAUACGAAUUGUGUAUGACGUACGCUCAUAAUCAAGUCUACUUGUACCGUCCAUUUGUGCACUACCUCCGUGGAAGUCACAACGAAGAGCAAGGGGUCCAAAAAUAUGCACUGGCUGGCAUACGCGCAAGUUGCAAUAUCAUUCGUCUUGCGCAGGACAUGCAUCGACAUGGUCUUCUAUUUGGCUCGCAGUGGCGAGUCGCACAUAUGCUUUCGACAUCUGCACUUACACUCCUCUACGCUCUUCUCAUCUGCAAGGCAUCAAAAAUGGCACAGUUUCUCAAGACUGAGCUGGAUAUAGCCAGAGUCAUGUUGAUUGCCCUUCGGCCAUAUUGUAUCCACUCGCAACGCACGCACAUUGCAUUAACAAUAUUGACGACGGCAUUCUCUCAUGGAUCCAAGCUGCAGGAGCUAGCAGGCGAAGGUAGACAAACCGACCUUGCGGGUGGGCCGAAUCAUCUAGGGACUAGCAACCUGGUGACGAGAACAUUUGCCAACCAGUCGAAUCUAGAAGAGACAAACGAGGCAAUUGGCAAUGUGCCAAGAUAUCUGAGAUAUCCUUGGGAAGAAAGUGUACAAGUUCAAUCACUGGCAGCACAUGGGCCUCCGCAGCCAGCGCAAUCGCAUCACGAACUCCAUAGGAGCUCCUCAACUCCCAUUACUGCGCAGUCACUACAUGAGGGGGAUGCCGCGGCGACGCCGGGAGUCGCAGGCACAUCGCGAAACUUAUUUGCGAUGCAACCGGGAUUGACAAGUGGUGGAGCAGAAUUCGAUAACGCAGAAGGCGCCAAUUUCAUGGAGGCACGACCUUAUGUGGAUCAGCAAAUAUAUGAACGGUUCGACUACUAUACGCACCCGUUUGAUCACGAGAAUAUCGGUUUCGACGGCGGAGACGAGUGCCUAUAUCCUUUCAAUUUCCAUAUCUCGGAGACAUGAAUUUUCUUGCUUUAUGCUGUUGAGCAUCAUACCUCCUUAAUGUUGAGGAGCUGCGGGCCAGGCUUGUUGCGGAUCUCACUGGACAUGAUACAGCCGGAGGAGGGGUUGGCAAGGGCAGAAAGACGCUAACCCCAAAGUCGGAUCUUGCGCCCGUUACGGAAGUGUCUGUCAAUGCCCAUGCAAGCCAUUCGAGACCCUUCUCGAUUAUGAUAUGUGUUGUUCGUGUGCAAAAUAAAAGGUGCUAUGGGCCCAAGCACAUGUCUUGGGAGUGGUUGGAAUCCUGCACAGCAUCGUUAAAGCGGAAAACCAUCUUAGCUUCACUGUCUCAAUUCAAGUGACCCUAGAAAGGACAUAUAUCCACACAAUAUGAAAGAACAUGAGAAUAUGGGGGUGCCUUUGAACGACAGACGAACAGAUGAUCAGCCAGAUGCUGAGGCAGCUUUAUCCCGGGGAACCGAGCA